AUGAGGACUUCUCGACAUCGCACGAAGUCUGGCAAGUUACAAACAGAACCAGCCAAAUGUACGCUACAGGAGGUCGAAGGAACCGGAUAUAUGCUAACAACUAAGACUUUUAAGAAGCAGCAACCUCAACAAGUAAUUCCUCCACCACAAUUACCACCGCAAAGCGAGUAUUUAGCUGACGAAUACGUUCAUAACUUACAACAGCAAUUAUACUUCCUUGAUGCAGAAAUUCGUUUCGUUCAAGAUCGUGCAGGAGUUGAACCAAAUUCCGAUGGACCAUCAGUCGAUGCUGCAAUUCGUCGUUUGCGUAGAGCUAUUGCAAUGUACGAAGAAGAAACAAAUAAGAAGAUUAAAGAUCUUCAAGAGAAAACGAAACAAUUAAUUAACGAUCAAGGCGAUGUUGAUGAAGCUGCAGCUGUUGAUGGACUUUCUCAAGCUGAUCAUUUCGAGCUUGAUGAAUUACAAAAACAAGAAAUCGCUUUCAUAGAAGAAGUAUCUCCAAUCAAUUUACACCAAUUACAAGUUAAAUUUGGCGAUGGAAUGACAGAAUUUAAUGACCAACAGCAAAUAGCUCUUAAUAACGAAAUAGAAGAACAGAAAACAAUAAGAGAUCAGCAAGAAGGAGACAUUUCAAAUGUUAGAGUUAAUUUAGUCGAAGAUAGAGAUCAAAGAAAGGCAUUAUUACAACAAAUACGAAAUGCUUAUACUUCUAAGUAUAAUGCUCUUGAACAGAAAGAUAUUUUAGAAAUUUUAGCUGAAGAACCUGAUAUUCCUGCUCCAAAUAUCUCACUAGACGCAAUUAAAUCAAGAAAUGCAAAGCUUGAAAUGGAAAUUAUAUCAAUUGAAGCUGCUAAAAAAGAAGCAAUCAAUUCAUUAGGUGAUCUUCUACAAAAGAAUGCAAAACUUGUUGCAGAAUUCAAUGUUCUUAAAGCCAAAGCUGAGAGAGGUAGAUCAAUUAAAAAUUCCAUGGAAAAGAAAUUUAAUAACGAUAUUAAUGCUAAAAAGCAAGAAAAUCAGAAGCAAAAGGAUCUUAUUGAACAACUUCGCAAGAAGAAGCGCGAAAUCAAAGCAGAAAUUCAACAAUCUGCCGAAAAAUGCAAUGAGCAAUUUGGAGUUUUGAAUGACCUUGAAGCACAGUGCAAUCUCCUCAAGAAUUUGAUUGCUUUUAAGAAGAGCCAGAUCGAUGAUAUAGAUAAACAGAAUGCGGAUACAAAGAAAGAUAUUGAUAAUAUUAGAGUUAAUAUUGAAGAUGUAAGAAAGAACUUAGAUCAAUUAACUCAUACCAUUGGUGAAGCAGAAGAGAAAAUGAAAGCUCUUGAGACCCAAGUUGAAGCUAAUUCCAAGGAUCCAAGAUGCAAUAAGCUUAAUUUACCAAAAGAGCUUGCUGCACUUCUUGAUAACCUCACAGCUGUUAAGAAACAGAUUGAAUAA